UUUUGAUUCCUUUACUUUGACAAUUGACAUGUGAUUUAUGACAUGACAUUGAUAUUAAUCCUUACUAUUGAAUUAUUAAAAAAGCGAUGUACGCAUUUACUGAUAUAUCUGACUCAAAUAUAUGUACUCAUUUACGAAAUAUUUAUUCGAUUUUGAAAUUAUAGCCGCAUAUGUAUUCUGACAGAUUUUAUCGAGCAUAUCAAAAUUGUACAGAUUAUAUUAUACAUCAAAAUAAUGCAUAACAAUAAUGUCAGUUUGCAAUCAAAUGAUUGUAAUAAAUAUACUUUAGUCAAUCACUCGUUAAAUAUUAUAGCCCAUAAAGUAAGUCCUUGCAUCGUUUAUUAAGUUUGAAUCGUAAAAGCAAGUUUUAUAGGCCUUAUCUCGCAGUCAUUACCAUAAAUAUUAAUUAGAAAAUCUAUUCCAAAUUCCAUUUGGUUUUUAUUCAGAUUGAGCUUGUAUAUAAGCAAUUACAAGCUUGUUCUUGUCGGAUAGAAGAUUUUUCAGGUCACCGAUACUUGACAUCAUGUUAUUCCUAAAUCACAAAGGAAAAAAGUAUUCUUUUAUCUUAUUAUUGGUAAUACUGCAAAAUUCAUACGCUGAUGAUGUCAAAAGUCAAGAAAUCAGGCAAGAACUUCAGAGCGCAGACGAAACCAAUCCUAUAGAGGAAGCCAAAAAUUUGCAAGGAGAUCAGGUAUCGUCAGGGAUCAAUAACCAAAAUACAGAGGAUGUUGUUCCAAUUCAAACGAGCAGAGCACUUGAUCAAUCUACUCAAGAGGAAGAAUCCAACCCUCUGGAGGAUGGCUUUAUCGUUUUGCCUUUGAAAUCAAAGCAUCUCUUAACAGAAGGUGUAAUCAUAUCUCCUAAUGACAUAAGGCCAACGUCAAGAGCACUAAACCACCAGCGUCCAGUAGGAAGUCGCACAGAAAUCAUACUUCCUUCGUUGAAAGAAUUAGACGAGAUGAAAGCAGCUGCUAGACAAAAGCGCGCGAAAAAGCGGGCAGAAAGGCAGAAGAGAAAGAAGGGAAGAAGGAACUACGAAUAUGAUCUCAGUCGAUACGAAUAUCGUGAAGUGCGGCCAUCAUCGAUUAAUCACCGGUUUGUGGAAGAUUCAGCUUCGAGAAAUCGACGUGUACCGCCGAUAUUGUCAAGGCGUCGGGUGAAGACAAGAAGAGGUGUUAUGAAAGACAGAACCUUCCGAGACCCAAAGUUGCCUGAGCAGCCGUAUGAAAUACCUGAAUUAUCAAAGCGAAAACAUUUAAGGGAACAAAAGCUAGACGACACAGAGGAGAAUGAUGUAUCACUAGUAUCUGAAUAUCGAGACUUGGGGGAUCAAGAAGAUGACCGCGACGUUGAUUGGCCAAGAUCCAACAUCAGAAGAAAUUUAUGAUGGAAAAUAUGUACCCAUAUGGUUACCUCAAUAGAAAGAAUAACAUUAAAAAUCUAGAUCCAUCUAAUAAAUACUAUUAUUUGUUAAAGUUGCAAUAAAAAGGCUUAUUAAAAAUAAGUUUUUCCUUAACUUUGUUGUUCUACUAUUUUAUUAAUAUUAUAAACACUAUACUUGUAUAGCGCAAAUAAUUUACAAGCUGUGAAAAUUUAGUUGUGAAAAUCCAGAAAGCUCGUAAUUCUGCUAUAAAGGGCAUGAGCGAGAUCGUACUAACUACAAUAAUAUCACUCUGCCUUUUCUUCAGAAAUAUUUGUUCGCUAUAACGUAAGUUUUAUAUCUUAUAAUAUAUAAAUUGAGAAUAAAAGUACUAAUAGACAAAUAUAAAAUUCCCAGGUAUCUUAUAACAACUGUCGGAAUAACGGUUUUCUAAUGUCUUUAAUUGUUUAAUUUUGUUCGCUUUGUCAAAGUUAGAUAAGAUACGCAAUGUAGGUUGCCAGUAAUAAAAACUCCAAUAACCACUA